AUGUGCACGCCCUGGCUCGACGCCUUCCCACGCACCGUCAAGCCCAUGCUCGACGAGAUCGACGACACGCUGCAGCUGCCGCUCUCGGCCAUCAUCGCCGAUGCCACCAACGCCGAGCUGACUCGCACCGAGAACGCCCAGCCCGCCAUCAUGGCCACGUCGGCGCUGAUCCUGCGCGUCAUGGAGCGCGAGUUUGGCUUCCAGACGAGCGAGCGCGUCGACGUGACGCUGGGCCACUCGCUGGGCGAGUUCGCCGCCCUGGUCGCCGGCGGCUACCUCGGCUUCGGCGACGCGCUCAAGAUGGUGCGCACGCGCGCCGAGGUCAUGGGCCGCUGCAGCAGGGACGCCGUGGCGGCCGACGGCGGCGAGUUCGGCAUGGUGGCGCUGGUGUGCGAGUCCGAGGCGCGCAUGCAGGCCCUCGUCAGCGGCAUCCGCGACUUCCUCGAGCUGUCCAGCCCGGGCUCCAAGACCGACUCGGCCGACGACGUGCCGGCCGUGCAGCAGGUGCUCAUCGCCAACAUCAACUCCAAGAACCAGAUCGUGCUGAGCGGCAGCAUCGCCCGCAUCAACACGCUGCUCGCCAACCUGCGCCAGUUCGGCGGCCACGACCCGCGCCACGUCCGCCUCAAGUCCGACUCGCCCUUCCACAGCCCGCUGAUGAAGCCCGCCCAGGACACGAUGCGCCGCAUCCUCCACCGCGAGCGCCCCGACGGCAGCGACAUUGUCACGUGGCCGGGCCGCAUCCCGUGCAUCUCAAACGUCUCCGGCAAGCCCUUUGAGAGCCGCGACCAGCUCAAGGACCUGCUGGCCCGCAACAUCACCGAGACGGUCCAGUGGUGGAAGAGCGUCAAGUACCUGCACAACGAAGAAAGGGUGCGGCGCUACGUCGGCAUCGGGCCCGGCCAGGUCGGCAGGAACCUCGUCGGCAAGGAGGUGGGCAUGAAGGGCACCGUCAAGGGCGGCGGCGUGUGGGGAAUCGUGACGCCGCGCGACAUGGAGGAAGUCCUGCGCGCCCUCGACGACACGGAGAGCAUUGAUGAAGAUUGA